AAGAUGAUCUCACUCUAAACAGUAACAAGAUGGCGCCGGUUAGUGAAAUAGAUCAAAAUACUUCAGUUACGAUGGCUAAGGAACACACAGCUGCUAUUACGAGAGAUUACAUUUCACAGCCUAGGAUAACUUACAGAACUGUGUCUGGUGUUAAUGGACCUUUAGUUAUAUUAGAUAAUGUCAAGUUUCCAAAAUUUGCUGAGAUAGUCACACUUACAUUAUCUGAUGGAUCCAGACGAAGUGGGCAAGUGCUAGAAGUCAGUGGAUCUAAGGCAGUUGUUCAGGUAUUUGAAGGAACAUCAGGGAUUGAUGCAAAGCAUACAACUUGUGAGUUUACUGGAGAUAUUUUAAGGACUCCAGUAUCAGAAGACAUGCUAGGAAGGGUCUUCAAUGGAUCAGGAAAAGCUAUUGAUAGGGGACCUUCAGUACUUGCGGAAGAUUUUCUUGAUAUCAAUGGUCAACCCAUAAACCCGUGGUCUAGGAUAUAUCCUGAAGAAAUGAUACAAACAGGAAUAUCAGCUAUUGAUACAAUGAACAGCAUUGCUCGUGGUCAGAAGAUUCCAAUAUUUUCUGCUGCCGGUCUUCCACACAAUGAUAUUGCAGCUCAGAUUUGCAGACAAGCAGGUUUAGUGAAGUUUAACAAAGGAACGAAAGAUGAUCAUGAAGAUAAUUUUGCGACAGUCUUUGCUGCUAUGGGAGUAAACAUGGAAACUGCACGAUUUUUCAAACAAGAUUUUGAAGAAAAUGGUUCUAUGGAUAAUGUUUGUCUGUUUCUCAAUCUUGCCAACGAUCCUACAAUUGAACGUAUUAUUACUCCAAGAUUGGCAUUGACAACUGCAGAGUUUUUGGCUUAUCAAUGUGAAAAACACGUUCUGGUUAUUCUUACGGACAUGAGUUCUUAUGCAGAAGCUCUUCGUGAAGUUUCGGCAGCUCGAGAGGAAGUGCCAGGUCGUCGUGGAUUUCCUGGUUAUAUGUACACUGAUUUAGCUACAAUUUACGAACGUGCAGGUCGAGUUGAAGGUCGUAAUGGUUCCAUUACACAAAUUCCAAUCUUAACAAUGCCUAACGAUGAUAUAACUCAUCCUAUUCCUGAUUUAACUGGCUACAUCACCGAGGGGCAGAUCUACGUUGAUCGUCAACUACAUAACAGACAGGUUUAUCCUCCCAUUAAUGUACUACCAUCACUAUCAAGAUUGAUGAAGUCAGCUAUUGGUCAUGAAAGAACAAGACGAGAUCAUGCUGACGUAUCCAAUCAAUUGUAUGCAAAUUACGCUAUUGGUAAAGAUGUUCAAGCGAUGAAAGCCGUAGUUGGUGAAGAAGCUUUAUCAGCUGAAGAUCUUCUUUAUCUUGAGUUUUUAUCGAAGUUUGAGAAGAAUUUUAUCAGCCAAGGUACUUAUGAGAAUCGUUCCGUAUUUGAAUCUUUGAACAUUGGUUGGUCGCUUCUUCGCAUCUUUCCAAAGGAGCUGUUGAAGAGAAUUCCACAAGAUGUCCUAGCUGAAUACUAUCCACGAGAUAGUGCAGCAACAAAGAAGGCAGAAUGAUGACAAACAGUUAAAAUUUUCAAGGAGGUUUGUGCAAGUAUAAAUGAUCAAACGUAGUCAAACUGAAUGCAAUGGUAAUCACAAAAACGAAUUUUUACGCAGUUACUUCACGCGGUAAUGACGUAACUUACUUCACGCGAUAAUGACGUAACUUAAUUUCAUAACUUUCUGAUCACUAAUAAAUUAUUAAUCGCCUGAA